CCCCCGGCGGGGCUGCCCGAGGAGCCCCCGGGAAGGGAGAAGCACCGGCCGAGGCCCAGAGCUGGAACCCGGGGGAUUUCUCGCCUGCGUUUCCCCGGAGCCAUCCCGGGACCAUGAUCAGGGGCCAGAUCUGGGCUCCUGCCCCUCGCUCCUGCUGCGCCACCCUGGGUGGCUCCGGAUAAUUUGGAUGUGGCACCACGGGACCUGCUUGACCUCACCCAGAUCCAGCCUUCACCCUGACCCCCCCACACUAUGAAGAAGAAACCAACCAACGGGAGGGGCCCGGAUCCUGCUCCCCCCCAGCACCGAGCCCGGGGCAUCGCCAAGGCAGCAGAGUAUGUGGGUUCCUUCAUGGUGGAAGACUUGGACCUGCAGCAGCAAGCGGGGUGGCUGGAGGAGCAGCUGCAGAAACUGAAGGACUGCCCCAGGAGGAGGUUGGUGGUGCUGAGGUUCAGCUUGCAGGGGCUGAAGGUCUACGGUGCUGAUGGGGAGACGCUGCUGAUGGCGCACGCCCUCCGCCGGAUCCUCUACAGCACGUGGCAACGCGGCCAGUUCGCCUUCGUGGCCCGCAACCCCCGCAGCCCCCCCAGCUCCCUCUUCUGCCACCUCUUCGUGGGACCCCCGGGCGAGGUGCAGACCCUGCACCUCCUGCUCUGCCGCUCCUUCCAGCUGUGCUACCUGCUGGCGCACCCCGAGCAGCAGGAGGGUGAGGGGGAUCCCCCAGGGACCGGGGUGCUCCGGGAGCCCCUCAACCCUGACCAGGUGUCCCGCAACGUCAACGCCCUCGUCUCCUUCCGACGCUUGCCUGCGCCCGCCGGCCUGGGCGCCCUGAGCCCGGGGGAGCGGCGAGCAGAGAUGGAGGGCAGAGCCUGGCGCCCAGGGAACCCCUAUUGCUCCCCUGUUCUGGUGCGCAAGAAAGCGAUUCGCAGCAAGGUGCUGCGCUCCGGGGCCUACCGGGACUGUGGGGGGGAGGGACAGCUCCACCAGCCACCCCGUGACACUGCAGCAGGAUGGGAGAGCAGAGGCCCGAGGAGCUUGGCCUUCCUCCCUGAGAACGAGAGCAUCCUCGCCGAGAGCGUCUGGGCCUUCACCGGCAUCACCAGGGCCGGCGGGGUGGCCCUGCUGCGGAGGGACGUCCCCGGCUCCUUCCUGCUGCGCCCCGAGCCCGGCCUGGCCAAGCGCUGGUGCCUGUGGGUGCGCGCGCCCUGCGGCGUCGUCCCCUACGGGCUGGUCAGGACACACCAGGGCAGGUUCUGCGUGGAGCACUCCAGCACCGAGUUCCCCAGCCUGGCCGCGCUCCUGGCUCACCACUGCGGGCUGCCCGGGGGCUGCUUCUGCCGCCUGGGCCCCGGGCGCCGCAACCCCGGCUACGAGGAGCAGGACCCCGGGAGCGACCCCCGGGGCCCCCCCCAGCCCCGCCGGGGCGCAGCACGAGCGGGGAUAGGCCCGCACGCCCCGCCCGGGCACCCCCGGCCCCAAACACGCCCCUCACCCCCAGCUUGA